ACCAAGCUAAUAAAAAAAAGGACUUACUUAAAAAUUGUUGUUGUUUUAUCCAUAUUUUACCCUAUUAAUGGUCAUGAAUAUUCUUGUUUGAGCAAAAAAUUAUUUUUUGGUUUGGUGUAUGGAUAGAGUCCAUAUAACGGGUGCAAUAUCAAUUAGAGGUUCAGCAAUGCAGUGGUCUUUUUCAAACAAGGGUUCUUCCAUUCCUCAAAUAUUGUCAUUUAAGGAUGGUGUGGAAGAAAAGCCAAGAAAGUCCAUUAAUGACCCCUUAGCAUCAUCUGGGUUUACUUCCAUUUCUAUUGCUGAUGCUUUUGAUUCCAACCAUAAGCCAUACUCUAGCAUGGUUCAGAAAAAUGUGAAUCUUGAUAAACAAGGUGCAAACCAUUAUGCAAUGACAAGCUAUGGUGUGAAACAAUUUGGUGCGUAUUCAGUCCACCAACCCCAGCAGAUGAGGAUAUUCCCAGUCGCCAACCAACAAAAUCAAACAAUUACUGUUUCUUUGAGCAGUCCUGUUUUGCAGUCCCAUUUUGCUUCUACUGGGAAAAAUGUUAAUAAUUCACAAUCUCUUGGAGGAGUUCCAAUCAUAAGCCCUGUAUCUGUUCAUCCAGCUCCAAGUUCCAUCGUUGGGUCAACUGAUCUUAGAAAUGGCUCUAAAUCCUCUGUUGCACCUGCUCAGAUGACCAUAUUCUAUGCUGGUUCUGUAUGUGUGUAUGAUGACAUUUCUCCAGAGAAGGCUCAGGCUAUUAUGCUGUUGGCUGGAAAUGGGUCUUCAGUAACACAUAAUAAGACGCUCUCCCCAGUGCCGAUGCAGGCAUCAACAAGGCCUUCUGCUGCUGAACCUUCUGUUGGAAACAAAACCCAUAGCACAUCUCCAUGCUCAGGCCUUCCAAGCCCCAUUUCUAUGACCUCUACUACCACCAGUGAAUUGGCAACAUUGAAACCAGCUGUAGCUUUAGCAUCUGCAAAUAACCAAGCAGAACGCCCCAAGGCAGUUAUUUCAGUAGGACCUGGUUCUGCAACUCUUGUUCCAACAGUGGCUGUACCUCAGGCUCGUAAAGCAUCAUUAGCGCGAUUUUUGGAGAAGCGCAAAGAAAGGGUGAUGAAUACGUCGCCGUAUAAUGUGAGCAAGAAAUCAACAGAUUCUAGUGCCCACUGAAUCUGAUGGUGUUAGUUUAUCCAUCAAUUAGCAGUCAAGCGGGGACUUUGAAUGAGAAGUUGCUAAAAACUGAAAUUGCAUGCUCCUCAAAGAUGAAGGAAGAGAGAUCUUCUAAGAUACCUAUUUUUUGUUGAAGUAAAUUCUUUUUGUUUACAAUUGUUAGGCUUCUUCAAUUUAUUAGAUAUAUGGCAUCAAUUUUUUUUUUUUAUUAUAUAUUUGUACUUCCAGUUUUUUGAAAUUCGAUGAAACGAAGUAUCUUUUGGUUCAAGCUAACAAUGCGAAUGAAUACCUUGUUUCGCAUACCUUGUAAUUUAUGUUAACUUUCAGUAUGUUGUAAAAGUAUUAUUUUUUAUGUUGGAAUACAUUUUUGUUCCAUGGUUGUUCUAAA